AAAUUAUGCCUGGUCACAGGAGGUCCCCAAUGGUUCUAUGAGAAGCAUUGUAUUGGACUGUGGUGUAUCUGGGGGAAGAGAAAAGUUCUGAAACAUCUGUCACCUUUGCAUUUAUUACCACCAGUGACCGCUGACCUUGAAACUUCAGAACGUUCUGCGAUUCUCAGCCAGCAUGAGAGCUCAGGAAUGUAGUUUAUAGCCAUCACUGGUGCUAUACAGUGUAGUGGUUUGUCAGAUAUUUCAAUGCGCAUGUUCUGGAGUUUGGAAAAUAUGUUGGCGUCUUCCAAUCUCAUCAAAGUUCUUCCUCAAUUCAAUCUUGAGUCCAGUGACUGUCUUUCAUAGUCUGCAUUUUCUAUGACCCUACCGUGGGUUUCGAGAGGGAGGUUGGCGUUUUUAAUCCUAAUUUCCUGUAAAAAUCUUUCAAAAGUUUGAGAACUAUGUAGGGUUUUCCAGGCCUGAUCCUUAAUGGUUCUACUAGAUUUUGGGCUACCUGCUGGUUCAUUCUGCUGUGAUACUCUGAAAAUGUUGUGGAUAUAGAAAGUCCUGCUCUUUACUUCUACCCUGAUCUCAGCAAAGUUCUUCCAGAUUUCAAGAGACCCACGCUUGUCGUCCCCAUCCUCCCUCCCCCCUUUCUGAUCUUGGCUAACUUCCUGCAGGAUCUAAGCAACUUUUCUAUUGCUAGAAAAAUGGUGUUCUUCCUAUUUUUCAUGAAGACUUUCUUGGCGGUUGGGUUUAUUUGGUGCGGUCUCCACCUCUGCUUCCCAGGAUCUAGUAUAUUGCCCAAAAGGACUGACUUCAAAAAGCCAAACUUCAUAGUGAUUUUAGCAGAUGACAUUGGAUGGGGAGACCUUGGUGUGAACCAGGCAGGCUUCCCAACAAAUACUCCUAAUCUGGAUACAAUGGCUUCAAAGGGACUGCGAUUUGUAGAUUUCCAUUCAGCUGCUUCUACCUGUUCUCCCUCCCGCGCCUCCCUGCUGACUGGAAGACUUGGAAUUCGCAAUGGCGUGACGCAUAACUUUGCAGUGACGUCUGUCGGUGGACUUCCGCUUAACGAGACCACCUUGUCAGAUGUUUUAAAGCAAUCUGGCUACCGGACCGGACUGAUGGGUAAAUGGCACCUGGGACACCAUGGAUUAUAUCAUCCCAAUAACCGGGGCUUCGAUUAUUACUUUGGUAUUCCUUAUAGCAAUGACAUGGGGUGCACUGACAACCCAGGAUAUGACAUCCCACCAUGUUCACCAUGUCCUCUGCAUCACGAGUCGCAAAGAAGGUCAAGGAGUGGUUGUUAUCCCCAUGUUGCUCUACCUCUGCUGGAGAACAGUGUGAUAGUGGAACAGCCUGUAAAUUUGAGCAAUCUUCCUGCCCAAUAUGUGCGCAAGGCGGUUGACUUCAUCAAGGAUGCAAGUGACCGUGAUCAGCCCUUCUUCUUGUACAUAGCACUAGCUCACAUGCACGUACCGCUCUCCAAACCCACAGCAACGGUUGCCCAGUCGCUAUAUGCUGAGAACCUGCGAGAGAUGGAUCAAAUGAUUGACCAGAUCAGAGUCGCGGCCCGAAACGCUAAGCAGAAUAACACUCUUAUCUGGUUUACAGGGGACAAUGGACCAUGGGCUGAAAAAUGUCAGUUUGCAGGAAGUGUGGGCCCUUUCGUGGGAUCGUGGCAGACCAAGCAAGGUGGGAGCGCUUCAAAGAAAACCACGUGGGAGGGUGGACACCGUGUUCCUGCCGUAGUGUACUGGCCAGAGAAUACACCACAAAAUGUCACUGUCUCAGCCCUACUCAGUGUGCUGGAUAUAUUCCCCACCCUGGUAUCUCUGGCAAACGCCACUCUUCCAGUGGACAGACGCUUUGAUGGCAAAGACAUAUCUGAGAUCCUGUUUGGGCGUUUGCAGAGCGGUCAUAGGGUCCUUUACCAUCCAAACAGCGGAGAUGCAGGAACAUACGGCAAGAUCGAAGCAGUCCGUUUGGACCAAUAUAAAGCAUUUUACACAACAGGUGGAGCACUAGCGUGUAAUGGGAGUAUUGGGCCAGAGAGGCACCACGAUCCCCCACUGGUGUUUAACGUCCACCAGGACCCCGGAGAAGGGGAACCGCUGGACAGCAGCAGUGAGGAGUAUCAGGAGGUGUUGCCUGAGCUGAUGGAAGCAUUUGCUAAUCUUCAUGCUGAUCUUCAGACAGACAAUGUGUCCACGGCUGACUAUUCACAGAGCGGCUCAGCUGUUCUGUGCUGUAAACCAGAGCACACGGUAUGUCGCUGCAACGAGCUGGAACUAAAUGCUCUCUUAACCGAGCUGGAAUUUAGUGGAAAAUAAACAGCCUGAUUGGGCCAACUUUCCAAGCUUACUUUGCACGGACAUUGCUUUCGCAGAACAAGCUUUUUUUCUGCUGGGAUAUGGUGCUUUAGAUAAUUCCUACCAUCAUUAAGCAGUUCAGUCCCGAGUCUGGGAAUAUCAUUGUCCCAGAUAUUGAGAAUUUAUACGGUCAAGGGUUACAUUCUCAUGGAUUAUUCUUAUUUAUUGGGGAUCAAGGGCUCCUCGUUCAUGUAUGGGAAAGGAAAAGUCUGUAGUUUAAUUGAGGAAGUAAAUUAAAAUUUUGCAUAUGAGAAAAUGGGAGUGGAACCCGUAACUCAAAGGGCAAGUCUAGAAACAAAUUUGCCAGCCAUGGAUUCGAAGACGGUCAGCCUAACUCCCUUACCGUGGAAUGUAAUGUUAUUGUUAAUAUUCUCAUAGUGUCAGAUAUAAUUGUGAAAUUCCAAGAGACAUGUCAUUGUAAUUGUAUGUUCCCUUUCCUUGUUUUUUU